AUGGCUAGUUACCACUCCGUCCGGGAAGAACGAGCCACGCGCCUCCGAGACCCGCACCGCCGCGCUUCCGGCCCAGGCCAGGGGCUGCCGGGAAGGCAAGGCAAGACGUCGGCCAAUAAGACCGCAGCUUUGAGGAGGAAGCACUGCCCACCACUCUAUGGCACAGAUCGCGGUUCCUUUCCCAGCAUGCACCGGGCCAGAGCCGGAAAGAUGGCCGCCGGGACGGGUAAGCACAAGUUACUGAGUGUCGGACCCACAGAGCCAUGGUCCAUCCGGGAGAAACUGUGCUUGGCCUCCUCUGUUAUGCGGAGUGGGGACCAGAACUGGGUGUCUGUCAGCAGAGCUAUCAAACCUUUCGCAGAGCCAGGGCGCCCACCUGAUUGGUUUUCUCAGAAGCAUUGUGCAUCACAAUAUUCUGAGCUUCUGGAGACAACAGAAACACCAAAAAGAAAGCGUGGUGAGAAAGGUGAAGUGGUAGAAACCGUAGAAGAUGUUAUUGUGAGGAAAAUGACAGCAGAACGGGUGGAAGAGCUGAAGAAGAUGAUUAAGGAAACUCAGGAGAAAUACAGGCAGCUGAAGAGGGAUGCCGAACUGAUCCAAGCAGGGCAUAUGGACCACAGGCUGGAGGAAUUAUAUAAUGACAUUGUGGUGAAGAAGAGAAUGGAAGAGGAAGAGGCAGAGAUGAAGAGGAAAGCUACAGAUGCUGCUUAUCAGGCUCGUCAAGCAGUUAAAACCACAUCACGAAGACUGCCUGGAAUGAUGGUUCGCUCUCCAGCAGGUUCUACUUCUCCAGGAGCAGACUACGGUCUCGGGGACUUGUCUCAACCCAGUGUUGAAGAGACUAGUCCAGGGGUAACUCCAGGGACAUUGCCCAGCACCCCAGUUGCCUCCUUCAUUGGGAUCCCUGACACCCCUUUGGGCUCCACCUCCCUGGAUGCCCCCAUGACCCCAGUCACAGAUGAUUCAACCCAGAAAAAGAUGCUAGGACAGAAAGCAACUCCGCCUCCUUCUCCUCUGCUUUCAGAGCUGCUGAAGAAGGGCAGCCUCCUGCCCACGAGCCCCAGGCUGGUGGGCGAGAGUGACAUGUCGGUUGUUUCUGGUCAUGCAAGCAGCUCAGGUAUCCUCCUAGAGGUUGGAGGAGUUCUUCCGGUGUUGCAUAGUGGAGAGAUGCCGUCAGCUCCUACUACUGUUCCUGCAUCCCCUGCUGCUUCAGGUGCUCCUACUCUUUCCCGCCUUUUAGAAGCUGGUCCAACACAAUUCACCACAUCGCUUGCUUCCUUUUCUGCUGUUGCCAGUGAACCUUCAGCCAAACUCCUGCCACCCCCUGUAGAGUCCGUGCCUCAGGCAACUAUAGUCAUGGUCCCUACGUUACAAGCACCAACUGCUGUGCCACCUGCUGCAACUCCAGAAAGUGUAGCGACAGUGAGUCAGCCCAGCACCUGUGUUUCCAUGGAGCCCGUUCCUAAUCCUCACACUGUGACAGUGUCAAUGGACAGUAGUGAAAUAUCCAUGAUCAUUGAUUCCAUCAAGAAAGACUGCCUGGGCUCUGGGGCAUCUGCUGCUGUAGGUACUUCCAAAGACCACAGCAUGGAUGGGAAGGAAGACCUGGAUCUGGCUGAGAAGAUGGAUGUUGCAGUUUCCUAUGCAGGAGAAGAGCCUUCUUACACUGGGGAAGAACUGGACUUUGAGACUGUUGGGGACAUCAUAGCCAUCAUUGAGGAUAAGGUGGAUGAUCAUCCUGAAGUCCUGGAUGUAGCAGCAGUGGAGGCUGCUUUGUCUUUCUGCGAAGAGAUUGAGGACCCUCAGUCACUGACUGGUCCUUGGGAACAUCCUCUCCAGCGGGAGCAUCCACUCCAGGCAGAGCAUGAGAAGCAAAGCCAGAUCCCCCCAAUGCCUGUGACGGUAAAGCAGGAGAGGUCAGACUGUGAGGAACCAGAGGCCAAGGGCAUCCGGGACCUGAUGAACAUGGGAGACCUGGGAGCAGAAAUAAAAAGUGAGCCUCCGGAGCAGGGACAGAUUCAUUUGGGCUCUGAGGAAGCCUCUGCACUAGCAGCCAGAACAAGUGAAGCCACUGAGUUGAGGGGACAGAUUUCUGAAGAUGAAGAUGCAGCGGUUGUUGGCCUGGAGGGAUCUGAACUGGAGAUGGAAUCAUCAAAAGAUGAAAUGGAUCACGGUACAGUGAAGACAGAGCUCCCUGCUGAUGAUGAGACUUCCUCUUCGCAUGCUCCGAGUGCAAGUGAAGACUCCUCACAGGCAGAUCUUCACCACAAAUAUGAGCUUUCAGACUCAAUGAAGGAAGAAGCACAAGCUUUAUUUGAGAACCAAAUGAAGGGUGAAGAGGAUGAGGAGGAUGGUGCCAGCGAGGCUGCCAGUUUGGAGGAGCCCAAAGAGGAAGAUCAGGGUGAGGAGUAUCUCUCAGAGAUGGACAAUGAACCUCCUGUGAGUGAGAGCGAUGAUGGCUUCAGUAUCCAUAAUGCGCCUUUGCAGUCUCACACGCUGGCCGAUUCCAUCCCCAGCAGCCCUGCCUCCUCACAGUUCUCUGUUUGCAGUGAGGAUCAGGAAGCCAUUCAGGCCCAAAAGAUCUGGAAAAAGGCUAUUAUGUUGGUUUGGAGAGCGGCUGCUAACCACAGAUAUGCCAAUGUCUUUUUGCAGCCGGUGACUGAUGAUAUUGCUCCAGGUUACCACAGUAUUGUGCAGAGACCAAUGGACUUAUCAACCAUUAAAAAAAAUAUUGAGAAUGGACUUAUCCGGACCACAGCAGAGUUCCAGCGAGACAUCAUGCUGAUGUUCCAGAAUGCUGUCAUGUACAACAGCUCAGACCAUGAUGUGUACCACAUGGCUGUGGAAAUGCAGCGCGAUGUCUUGGAGCAGAUCCAGCAAUUUCUAGCCACACAAUUGAUCAUGCAAACAUCUGAAUCUGGAAUCAGUGCAAAAAGUCUACGUGGACGAGAUUCCACACGAAAACAAGAUGCUUCAGAGAAGGACAGUGUUCCUAUGGGCUCUCCUGCCUUUCUCCUUUCUCUCUUCAUGGGUCAUGUGUGGACCUGGCUAGAGCCCAAAGGGGAAGUCUUCACUGAAUCUGAGAAAAGCAGCAGUUGCCAAUCUUCCUGCAGUUCUCCAGACUCUAGUUUGGAUCUUGAAUUGAAAUGGGGAAAUUGGAGAGAAAUGGAAGAAACCGAUGAGGAGGACUUAGAGGAAAGCAGCAGCCAAGAAGAGAAUGGCAGGUCAGAAAUUGGUGACCUUGCAGCAUGUGAAAAAGUCAGCACCAAGAAUAAAGAAGGAGCCGAGACGUGCAAGAAUGAAAUUGUUUUGCAAUUCAUAUCAGAGGUGACCCAUUUGAUGGAACCACUGUGCAUUGAUGGCACAAAUCUGACACAAAGUCCUCAUGCUCUUGAUACCACUGGUGAGAAAAAUGGGAAAGGAGGCCUGAGUUACAAAGAAGACACAAAGGAAUUUCUAGUCCACAUACAGGAAGAAGAGGAGGUAGCUGUGGAAAACACUGAGGAGGAAGCUGAGGACUGGAAGGACAGUGACUUUCACAUGAGUUACGGAAAUGAUGACCCCAGUCCCUGUGGAACCCCCUGGAUGAGCUCUCCUUCCACAAGUACAGCCUCCUUGCCUUCGACGCAACCAAGUCAAGAGGAUUUGCUCCAACAGCGCUUGGUCUUCAGAAGAACUCUGCUGUCCAUCUUGAAGAUGGUGACUGGGCACAGGUUCAGUGGACCUUUCUUGAAGGCUGUUUCGGAGAAACAGGCUCCUGGUUAUAAUGAAGUGGUGAAGAGGCCUAUGGAUCUUUCCUCCAUAAAGAAGAGCCUCUCCAAAGGCCAGAUUCAGAGCAUGAUCCAGUUGCAGAGAGAUCUCAUGCUGAUGUUCCAGAAUGCUAUAAUGUACAAUAGUUCCAACCACCACAUACACCGCAUUGCUGUGGAAAUGCAGCGAGAGGUCCUGGAGCAGCUCCAGAUGCUGGGCGAGGUCCUUCUGUGCUCAGAAGAAAUGCAAGGCUUCUUGAGAGGUGUUGAGGACCCAGACGACUAAAGCCCAUCUGAAGUUGAGAUGCCAGACUUCAGUCCACCCACCUGAAGCCUUACUUGAUAAUUCAAUAAAGUUUAUCAGUUGCAUAACCCCUUUCCCUUUCCUAAGAUCCUUUAUGUUCUUAUAUUUCUCCCAUUUGUUUGUUAGCAGGCUCCGUUAUAACUUGAAAAUUAAUGAUAGUCUGGUCAGUGCUGACUCCUGGAAAAUCAUUCUCUUCUUAACUGAACCUUAGUGAAGAAGAAAUGAAGGGAAAGAGAAGCUCAGAGCAUUAAACCAAAGUAUGUCUAUUGGCAUCAUAAGCAAAGGCUUAGAGCCCUUUUGGGUAGUUAAAGUACAUAUGUUUUCCCAUAAUAAAUGUUGUGUUGACUUUUAACUCUCCCAGACCUGUUCUGUUCUAGAUUGCCGCAGGAUGUACAGCCUAUGCUGUUUUAAUUUUUUUUUUGGUAGCAUGCUAGAAUUGAACGAUUAUAUAGGUGUUAAUGACAAUAUAUGAUUCACCUUUUAGGAUUUUCAACACUGGCAUAAAUUGGAGUGGGUAAAGUGCAGACCACAGGACUCUGUAAACACUGCAUGCUGCAGAUUCAUGUAAAUGUCUAACAGCUACUAGGUGGUGCUCAGAAACCUUUUACUGUGUUUAUUAUUUAUUUAUUUCAUUUAUAUGCUGUUUUCUCACCCCUGGGGAGACUCAAAGCUGUUCACAACAUAAAUGGCAAAGAUUCAAUGCUUCACAUCCAUAUAAAAGAACAUUACAAGUCUAAAAGCAAUCACAUAUAGCCAUACAUUAAAUCAUUAAAAACUAUACAAACCAUCAGCAUAACCAUAAAACAUUAAGCAUUAAGACAUUUAAACAUUGCUUCGAUCCCAUGGUUUCCUUUAGCUGCUUGCAUAUUGGUGUCAUUCGUCGAAUGCAUGCUUCUUCAUGGUGUCUGUGAAAUCGCACAUAUGGGUUUCCCUUUGCGCUUGCGCAAUGCAGUUCGGAACCUUCUAGACCUUUUCUAUUGAAACAUUUUGAUGGUAGCCCCACCUACUCUCCCAAAGAGUAUAUAUGCCCAAAGCCGGGACUACAGCCUCGGUUCUCUUUUUCCACACUGACUGCAGCUAGGAACAUUCAAUUUGUGCCUUUUUUACUUUUAAUAAUUGUCAUGUUAUGUUGUUUUAUAACUAUGUUAUUAUGUUGUGUUUUAAAUUUAUGGACUGUUUUUCUUAUGUAAGCCACCCCGAGUUCCUUCGGGGAGAUGGAGGUGGGGUACAAGAAUAAAGUUGUUGUUGAUGUUGUUGUUAU